UAACAAUUAAUGUAUGAUGAAGGUGAUGGAGAAUAUAUUGAAUAAACACCUUUAGAUGAUGGACUAGAGGAUGUGGAAGUUAUAGUCAAUAAGGAAAAACAAUAUCAAUAGGAAUUGUUGGAAGUGUUAAAGUAGAAGGAAGGGAAACACAAAGAAUUAAGAUAAGAAUUGAAAGACAUCAUGAAUUAAAUAUAACAAAUCUAAUUAAAGUGUAUCAUCAAUUCAUUAAUAAAUAGAAUACAAAGAAGAAAGUCCUAUGGUUGAUCCGUAUUUAAGAGAAUAUAUGUAGGAGCUAGGAGAAUAACAAUUAUUUGAUUUAGAGUCGCAAAGAUAAGAAUUAAAGGGAGAGAAGCAAGGCAAAAUUGAAUAGUUGAGAUAAUUACAAUAGGCUAAGAAUUAAAUAAAAUUAUUCUUUACAUAAACUGAGAUUUCAAGCCAUUUACAAAUUUCUUACAAAAAUAUGUUAGAAAAUCUCAAUCAAGAAUUAUUUUAAUACAUGUAAGAAAGAGCAGACUUAGAAGAUGAAUAAUUUGAAUUUGACAAACGACUUAAAUCUCUCAGAUCUUAAAUUAGAGUAUCAUUUUCUUUAAAGUUUAGGAAGUAACAGAGAAGAAUCAAAAAAUUAUACAAUAGAUAGAAAAUAGUAAAUAAAUAGAAUGA